CGCCGCCAUGCCGACCAAGAAAUCCAAGACGAGGAAGCUGCGCGGGCACGUGAGUCACGGACACGGCCGCGUGUUCUGCCCCACCAUCAACCUGGACAAGCUGUGGACGCUGGUGAGCGAGCAGACCCGGGUCAACUACAGCCAGAAGCCCGACGGACCCGCACCCAUCAUUGAUGUUGUGCGCGCGAGCCGGAGCGGAGGAUGUGAGUCCACCGCACACAGAACACU